AUGACGGGAGAGUUACAGGAGACGGCGGAUAAAACGGCACCUUGUGCGGCCAUAACUGAGAAACGGCCUAAUCGGCUCAGUGGUUGUGUCGGCGUUUUCUUCCAGCUCUUCGAUUGGAACCGACGCUUCGCCAAAAAGAAGCUCUUUUCUCGCAAAUCAUUUCUUCCUGGGAAACAAGCUUCGAAGAGGUUUGGAAGGGAUGAGAAAAUGCUCAAAUCUAAGCUUAAUCUGAUUGAUGAUGAGAACAGAGGAAGUUUCCCAAAUAGGGGUGAAGUUGCAGAGCUUAAAAAGCAUGAAAUGAGAUCUCCUAGUUUAGUGGCACGUUUAAUGGGGCUUGAAUCAAUACCAUCUAACCACAGAGAUAAAGGGAAGAAGAAGAAGAAACCGCCGUUUUUGAAUAACGAUGGAUGCGGCGAUGUGUUUGAUGGCGAAGAAGAUAAGGGUUUCGAUAAGUCAAGGCCUCAGAAGAUGCAGAGAACAACAACAACAGGUGUUUGUGAUAGGCGUAUUGUGGCGAAGAAGUUUGGAUCCGACGCAUUGCAGAUUAAGAAUGUUUUGACCAGAGUAAGGAAACAUCAUCAGUAUAAUAGCCAUCAUCAGCAUCAGAAACUAGCUUCUCCUGUUCGAAGCCCGAGGCUUCAUGGAAGGAACUCUCGGUUGAUUGAAGCUGCUGCUAGGAUUCUGGAACCAGGAUUACAGGCAAAGAGAAAUGCAAAACAUGGUAUUGCAUUUCCAGGUUCUUCGGGAUCUAGAAGGUUUGAAAAUGUUGGGAAAGAUCCAGUUGAAGCUGUUGUUUCACCAGAUUGUCUAGAGUUUCAAAACGGGUAUAAUAAUAGUGUUGCUUCUUGUAAAGCUUGUGGUAGCUUUGUUGAUGUUCAUAGUUCGAUUCCUGUUGCUGAAGAAAAUGGAAAGAACACGGCGUUUGUUUCUGAAUCAUUGCCCUUUGAACGGUGUAAAAGAAAUGUAUUUUGGAAAAAUCAAGAACCAUCUGAUUCUGUUUCUGGUAAAGGUAGAGACUGUACGAAUCAGAUGGAGAGGAAGGCUUUACACCGUGCUCAAAAGGAUGAAAUGGCACUGCCGAGUGUCAGAAACCGAUCCGAUUUUCACAAUCAGGUAUUGCAGGGGGAAAGGUUUCCUCCGGAAGCUCGAUCUUACACCUUACAGAGCAAAAGAGGUUGUUCUUCACCUGCAAAUGCGGUCAACUGUAAAGAGAAAGACUUUAUGGCUAUGAAUAGAGGUUCUCGUAGCAGGAAUCAUAACUCGAAGUCCCUGGCUAAAUUUGAAAACUCUGAUUUGAAUCUGCAGAGAAAAUCUCACACUAGAGUUGAGGAUGCUUCUAAUAGAUCAGGAUUAAGCACUCCAGCACGGAAGAGAAGGUUAUCUUGUGUAAGUGGUCAUGGACGAGGAAGUAGCUCGAUGAGUCCAGUGUCAAGAAGAUUAGAUGGUGAAUGCUCUUGCGAUUGUAGUAAUGGCCCCAGCGGUAGUAAUGGAACUACAUUUUCUCCAUUGAAAUUUGGUUCUCCUCAUAGACAUUAUAGCCAAUGCUGUAGAGAACCCAGAGAAAGAAGAGGAGUUCAAAGCGUUCCAAAUCAGAUGGGCGAAAGAAACCCAAGAACAACAUUUCAGAAAAGGCUACCGCUAGAUGCAAGUACUCUGGGGAUGAUUCAGCAAAAGUUGAUAGAAUUGGCUUCUCGAGAAGAAGAUGAGACCAUAGGAGGAUGUGCUUUUCCCAAUAAAUCAGACUCUUUAAUUCUCCAUGAAUUGCUAUCUUCUUUAGCGAUGGAGCAGCCUUAUAUUCGAGAUACCGAAUUGCCUUGUGCAGAAACAGCUAACUGGAGGAAAGGCAAAAGAGAGUUGUGGAGUUCCAUUGGAAAUGCAAACAGUGAUUACACGAGCCCGGGUUCUGUACUUGAUGCAUCUUUCUCUAAUGAGAGUUGCUUUUCGAAUAGCAUCGACAAUAUCUCAGUUCCAGGACAGAUAAGGCUACCGCUAGAGCCUAUAGAACCCAAUUGGGACGCUCUUGAAGAUUCCGCGACUUCGUUCAUGAAAUCAACAAGUAGUGGCGAUUAUCAAGCGAUCGCAAGUCUGGUUAGCCAUGUCUCUAACGUCCUGCGCUGUUUAAGCAACACAGGUCUCAUAUUAACGCAGCAGAGAUUCACCAAUGCUAGAGAAGUUAUUAUCCACACGGAGCUAUUGGGUUGUACUACUAUACAUAAGAACUACCUCAUCGGUCCAGAAAUCUUCGAUGAACUUAUGAUUUACGCAGCUCGUUCUGAUGAUCUGGUUAAUCUCCCUGGACUAACCGGAGGGUUCCUUGUGGAUGCCAUGAUUGAAUACUUGGAACAAAGAAACAUUUCCUGCGGAUUAAAGCCUUCAAGUGCUAAAGCUGAUGAGUUGAUUCGAGGUGUUCUUGAUGAAGUUCCAAAGUGGGUAAAAUCGGAGGCUCAGUUUGGUAUGGAUGAAGUUUUUGGUUCUGAGAUGGAUCUUGAAACCCAUUUGUUCGGACUUGGAACAGAGAUUGCAUAUGAGAUCCUUUGGUGUUUGGUCGGAGAGUUAGCAAUCGAUCUUGGAAAAUCCUUUCCGGUGAAAACUCAUCUCUUUUAG